AUGGGUUGGUUUAAAUGCUGCAUGUCAGAGGAAAGAUUAGGGAGAAAGGCAUUGAAAAAAAGCAUCAAGGAAUACCGUGAUGCCGAGACUUUAGCCUCGUAUGCUAACAUUUCAUUCAAGACAGAUAGCAGCAGAAAAAGGUUCAUAACUGAAGAAAUCAAGAAAAUUGGAAAGGGCAAUAUAUCUGCUGAUAUUUUCACAUGCCGAGAGUUAGCUACUGCAACCACGAACUUCAACAAUGAAAACCUGAUAGGCGAAGGCGGUUUUGGGAGGGUAUACAAAGGGCUGAUUGCAAAAACGAACCAAGUUGUCGCUGUUAAGCAACUAGACAGGAAUGGAUUUCAAGGAAACAGAGAAUUUCUUGUAGAGGUUUUGAUGUUAAGUCUUCUUCACCACCCUAACCUUGUCAACAUGGUUGGAUAUUGUGCUGAUGGUGACCAGAGGAUUUUAGUAUAUGAGUUCAUGGUUAACGGCUCCCUUGAGGAUCACCUUCUUGAUUUAACCCCAGAUAAAAAUCCAUUGGAUUGGAAUACUAGGAUUAAAAUAGCAGAAGGGGCUGCAAGAGGCCUUGAAUACUUGCAUGAAUCAGCAGAUCCUCCAGUAAUAUACCGUGACUUCAAAGCAUCAAACGUGUUAUUAGAUGAGAAUUUCAACCCAAAGCUCUCAGAUUUCGGGCUGGCAAAGCUUGGACCGACCGGGGACAAGACACAUGUAUCCACCAGGGUGAUGGGAACUUAUGGCUACUGUGCACCUGAAUAUGCAUUGACAGGACAGUUGACAGCGAAAUCCGAUGUUUACAGCUUUGGAGUCGUGUUUUUGGAGAUGAUCACUGGAAGACGAGUCAUCGACAGUUCAAGACCAGCCGGAGAAAAGAAUUUAGUUUCCUGGGCAACACCAUUAUUUAAAGAUAAAAAAAAGCUUGCAUUAAUUGCAGACCCCUUGCUGAAAGGAAACUAUCCCUUAAGAGGUCUGUAUCAAGCAUUUGCGGUUGCAGCCAUGUGUCUCCAAGAGGAAGCUCUUACAAGGCCCUUAAUGGCUGAUGUUGUAACAGCACUUAAAUUUUUAGCAGUAAAUGAUGCUCCUGAAGAGAGGGCAGUGGACGAUGACCAUAUCAAGACACCUUCUCCUGAUAGUGAUUGA